AAUUUUUGAACUGAAUGCUGACUGAAUGUAUUUAUUUAUUUGAUUUUAUUUGUGUUUUUCUUUGUGACACGUGUUUUGCUUUUUGCUGAUAUAGUCAAAAAUAUGAUGACUAAAGUAUACAUUUAAUGAGUUAUAAAGUGAGUUCGUCGCUGGAGUGAGGAAAAGAUACAAAAAAAAAUGGAAGGAUCUCUCCCAUCUACAUCUACAUCUGGAUGUCCUGCUUUAGAUAUCCUAGAAAAAAAGCUUUACUUGAACAACUCUUUUACGCCCGUUGCUGAAGUAAAAUCAAAACUAAUAGAGUUUUCUAAUUUUUGGAACAGUGGAGGCCGCAUUUCCUUACUAAAUGCAAGUAAAGAAGAUUCUGAAGAAUUAGUAUAUUUACUAUUGACAUUGAAAAAGAAUAUCAAGUAUACACUCUCUGAGGUUGGUAAAUGCAGAAUCAAGAGAGAUACUGAUAUUGUAUGUACAGAGUGCAAUGGAAACAUCCAUAUUCCACAUGAUGAAGAAUUUUGGGAUUGCCUUCAAGAACAUGAACAUGUGGAAGAAACAUUUCUCAAAUAUCUUGAUGGUUCUAUUUCCCUAGAAAACUCCAUACAUAACAGAUCAGAAUCUGUGCCAACUUUGUCUAGCACAAGUUCUGAAUUAGAUCAAAAUAAUGUUGAAAAUGGAGAUAGUGGUAUUGAACACUGUGAACCACCUGCAAAUGGUGAUGAAUGCAGCAAAUAUUCAUCUGAAGAUGAAGGCAUCAACACUUUUAGAUUCAAUUUCAAAUUGAGCUAUGACAAAUUUGUUGAAUCCAAGCUCUAUCCAGAAUCAAUCAUGAGGUCAGUCUGUAAAAUGGACCAGAUUGAAAACUUUACUAUACAAAAACUAGGUCCUUCUAGGGCUGUAUGUCUAAUAUGUUAUUGUGAUAUAAUUUCAAGGGGUAGAGUACACAAAAUGGUUAUAAUGGACCAUGUGGCAGGUCAGCGUCAUCUGAGAAAUUCAAGAAGCUUUCCCAAUUUAAUUGCUUUACAGAAGUAUCAUGAAUUAUUCCUCAAUUUGGACCCAGACUAUCAGGCUCAUCAGGUCUACUUCAGUAUGGUGGAUCUUGAUUCAUUAAGUUGCUGUUUAUGUUGUCAAAAAAUACCUGCUUCCAGAAUUGUGGAUCACAUAAUGAGUCAAUCACAUAAAAAAGUUGUACUUAGUAUGUUCAAGAAUAAUAAUUAUGCUUUUUAUUUGGUGAACAUGCAAGUGAAGUUGUAUGGGAUAACUGAGGAACAGGUGGUUGAACAAAAAUUGAAUGAAAUUAUUGCUCCAAAAGUUGAAGAGCAAACAUCCAAGGAAAAAAAGAAAAAGAGUAAAGAAAAACAGGAUUCUGAUUCAAGGAGUUCACCAGACAAUAAAGUACCAAUACACACCAUAGUCAAAUCAGUGGAAGAUCCAAAGAGCAAAGACUUCAUGGACCUGAUUCCUCACAGAUACAAAGAACAUAAAGCCAUUUUGAAAGAAACUCAAACGACAUUACUUUGUUAUGCAUGCAAAAAACACACUGUGAAAAAUAUUGAAAUGGUGAAGAAACAUUUAGAAUCCAGCCUUCAUCUGAAGAAUUCCAAAAUUCCUACUGCUAUCUACGACUUUUACUGCGAGAUUUGCGAUAUGCAAUUCAGCGAUGAAAAUGCUUGGUCGAAGCAUUUCACAGAUGGCCCAAACCGGCAUGUUAACAUGGCCGAGAGCAGAAAAAGUAAAGCCACUGAAUAUGAAUGCACAAACUGUUGUCUUAUAAUAUAUGGAGAUGACCUUUCAUUGAAACGUCAUAAAGCCUCUAAAGUAAGAAAAACGAUUGAGAAGAAAGAAGUCAAACUGCCGGAAGCCGUAAAAAAACUGUUCCGUUCUCCUGAUGCUAUUUCUGCUGAAGGUCUCUCAUUGACCAACGAAGCAAAGUAUAUGUUAGAAAAUAAUGAUAAAACGAUGGACUGUUGUGUACAAAUAGAAGCCACAUUGAGGACAGCUUUCGAUGUCAGCAAGGCUCACCCAUUUGGCAGCCGUAUGUCUGGACUUGGCAAUAAACUCAGUGAUUUGGAUGUAUUCAUAGAUACAGGAGGCAUGUUCAAUGGUGACAAAAACCAGGACCCCUAUACGCAAGUUCAAAUCGUAAGGAAGGCAGCGAACGUUUUAAAUCGAUGUAGGGACGUGUUUCAGGAUGUAGUUCAAAUUCCGACUGCCAGAACGCCGAUCGUGAAACUGUUUCACGGAAAAACGCAGAUUUGCUGCGACCUUUCGUUCAGGCAUGGAUUGAGCGUGGAAAAUACGAGAUUCUUGCGAUUUUGCAUUGAUAUACAGCCCAUUACACAGCCAUUCAUUUUACUUCUGAAAAAAUGGUCAGCUGUUAACCAGCUCGCAGAGCAUAUAUCGACGUACGCCUUGGCCAUUAUGGCAAUUUUCUAUCUGCAAGUCAACAAUUAUUUGUUAUCGGUGAAGAAAAUGAAGGAAUUGAAUCCUUCCGAAGCACUUGUGAUAAAUGGUUGGGAAACGAUAAAUUACACAGUACCUACAGAAAUAAUGCGUAAUCAUAUCAACAGCUAUGAGCAUUCACUUCACAGGCUACUUCGAGAUUUCUUCCAGUACUAUGCGACUUUUUGUUACAAUGAAGAUGUUGUUUGUCCAUUAUUAGGGUACCCCAUUAAGAAACAAUUAUUCCAUGGGAAAGGGGAACGCCUUCCACCGGAAAUGCGUUCCUACGUGCAACAGUUGAGUAGCAGGGAUCCAGAACAGUUCAGAUCAUUGUCAUUUUUCUGUAUACAGGAUCCGUUCGAUUUGAGCCACAACCUGACAAAAGCGUGCCAGCAAAAUACUGUUAACAAACUUAAGACUUUAUGUGAACUUUCUGUGAAACAUUUGAGUACCAGUGAAUUUUCGUAUUGAGGUUUCAAAAUGUUUUUCUACUAUCGUCACGGGAUGAUAACUUUUUUUAUAGUCAUUUGAUUUUACCUUUUUUUUUGUUUAAACUUUUUCCUUAUUUAAUUCACUGCUAGUGGAAAUCUAAAAGCGGUACCAAUAAUGAUAAUGAUGACCUCUGAAUAAAUGACUAAUUGUAUU